AUGGACUUCAUCGUUCGGAUCUUGUUCAACCUGUCUCUAUUCCCUCAGCCAUGGAUGCUGCCCCUUUAUCGCAGCUCCCACGACCCGUCUUACCAAGCAUCGAAGAUCAAGACCAAGACCAAGACCAAGACCAAGACCAAGACCAAGACCAAGACCAAGACCAAGACCAAGAUCAAGAUCAAUACCAAGACCAAGACCAAGACCAAGACCAAGACCAAGAUCAAGACCGAGAUCAAGACCAAAGAAACAGAGGGCAGCAGCGGCUUGUUCACCGAAUUGUCUCCCGAGCAGAGACAGCAAUUAACCGACCACAUCAGCCGAGAAGUGGCCCGUUUGGUCGCCCAAGGACUCUCGUUUGAAAGCUGGAUUAAGCAAGUAGAGGGCAAGUUCGAGGAGGACAACGAUACUUUCGCCUCUGAGAAGACGCGGAUCAACUUCGUGAUUACGCGUCUCGAGGGCACCGCGUAUAAGACCGUAGAAGGACGCCACCACUCGCUGACUCGGCCUUUCACAACAUUGGCCGAACUAAUCCAGGUCCUCCAGACAGCGCACACAAACCCAAACAAAGGCGCCGACGCCCGCGCCCAGCUGCGUGUCUGCAAAUACGAUUGGAAGAAGGACUUCAAUAUUUUCUUGGGGGAAUUCAACUCCAUGUACGAGGCGGCGGGGUACCAACCUUCAAUGCAGAAACAGACCCUGUGGGACUCUCUUCCUGCUCCGGUCAACCAAGCGGUGGUCGAGAGGGUCUACGAUACGAAAGUGCGCUACGAGGACUUCUGUGAGUCAGCACAGCACCAGGUGUUCGUGGCCCGCCACAACUUUUCCGAAGCGCAAAAGAAGCGCAACCACUCUAGUAGUAGUGGUGCCCGAGGGGUUCGGAACAAUGGCGGCAACCGUAACAAUGCCCGUGGUCGCCACCGGGAACAAACUGGCAACGAAGGGGCUAGCCGGGAAGCUGGAGGGAACCGUAUCUCCGAGGAAGAGAGGAACGUCGCCGCAUCAAUAACCUGUGCUACCGGCAACCACGAAGACCGUGGAGAGCAGGCGGCCCCAGUCAGCGCAGCGACAACCAACACCGCCACGGGCAAGGGCAAGGUUUGCGACCCAGACUCGAGCAGUUCGGAGUCGGAAAACGAGUAG